UCUUCGGGGUGUCACGUUACCAAACGUUACCCGAACUUUUUGGUUUUAUUCUCGUUGCUUGCCUUGGAGUGGAAAGUUCCCAACCGAAACCGCCCCUCCUACUACUAAGAUCUAUGAUAGCAAACAUGUACAAAUUGACAAGAGUCAACUAAGAGCCCCUCACACUCUUGAGAAUCCUGCAUAAGCUGAAAAUGACCACCGGCGUCGAGCGACUAUUCGACGAACUUGGACACUUCAAAAGGUUUCAGGCAUGUGUUUACUUUGCUGCUAUUUUCCAGGCCAUCUCCUGUGGAAUACAUUACCUGGCCUCAGUUUUCUUAGUUGAAACACCUAAAUUUCUUUGUGACGCUCCUUCAAAUAUCACAGACGUUCUAUAUAGAAAUCACUCAUCAACCUCGCUGGCAGAUAUCUGGACUUACUACAAGCCAGGUGAUGGACCAGUGGUUGUACGGACAGCUGGAGGAGACCAGUGGGAACUUAGUCCUUGUUUAAAAGCGCUGCGGCGGGAUGCCAUCAAUUUUCAAUAUGAGUUUUUUGGGAACAAGACUGUGGAGUCAUGUGGUGGCUUUGUCUAUGAUCACAGUGAGGUUGAGCAGAGCAUCGUAACAGACUGGGACCUGGUGUGUGAGAAGGAAUGGUUGGCCAAGCUUACGCAGCCAACUUUUAUGCUGGGAGUUUUGAUUGGAGCGUUGGUGUUUGGGGACGUCGCAGACAGAAUUGGCCGGCGCCCCAUUUUGAUGGCUACCAGCUUGUGCCAAUUUAUUUUUGGGGUCACUGUUGCAUUCACAUGGAACUACUACCUCUUUGUUUUGAUGCGUUUCCUUCUUGCAAUGGUGUCGAGCGGGUAUCUGGUUGUAGUCUUUGUGUAUGUGACAGAGUUUACAGGAAUUAAGGUGCGCACAUGGACCUCUAUGCAUGUGCACGCAGCCUUUGCUGUGGGCAUCAUGGUAGUGGCUCUAGUGGGGUACCUUGUUCGUGUCUGGUGGAUCUACCAGAUCAUCCUCACCCUCAGUACCUCUCCGUUUUUGCUCUACUGCUGGAAGUUUCCAGAAACACCCUUCUACCUAAUGGCUAAAGGCAAGUACAUGGAGGCCCAGGAGCUGCUGGACACUAUGGCCUACUUCAAUGGCCUGCCACCCACCCUUAAGGUGUCAGAGCUAAUGGAUGAUUGUGAUGAAGCACUGUUGAACGACAAUAAGCAGGAAAACGGAAGAGCACUGGAAGUCGAGAAGAGGCUAAGCAUCUUGGACAUGUUUGGAAGCUUGAAAAUGGCUGGCCGCAGCGCCACCUGCUGGGCUAUCUGGUUCAUUGGAAGCUUGGGAUACUAUGUCUUCAGCCUGGGGUCUGUCAACCUUGGAGGAAACCAGUACAUCAAUCUCUUCCUGGCUGGUGCUGUUGAGGUUCCGUCAUACUUGAUUGGCUGCUUUGCAAUGGAUCGAGUUGGCAGAAAGAAGACCUGUGCCCCGGCUCUGCUGCUUGGUGGAGUAGCCUGCAUGCUCAUUAUUGUGGUGCCCCAGGAUAUUGAGAUAUUGGCUAUAGUCCUGAGUAUGACAGGGAAAUUUGCAAUCGCCAUUGCAUUUGGGCUGAUUUACUUGUACACCUGUGAGCUUUACCCCACAAUUAUCAGGUCUCUGGCUGUAGGCAGUGGUAGUAUGAUGUGUCGGGUGGGAAGUGUGGUGGCUCCCUUCUGUGUUUACCUUGCAGACAUCUGGAUCUAUCUGCCACAGCUCAUUGUUGGAAUUCUAGCCUUCAUCAUUGGGAUCCUGACCAUGUUUCUUCCGGAAACUCUGGGACAGCCCCUUACCUCAACUUUAGAAGAAGCUGAAGCUUUGGGCUCCAAGCCCAAAUCGAAGAACACUGCAGUGGAUGCACUAGAGAUGAACCAAACCAUUAAAGCCUAAAUCCAUUUUAACCUAAGAUUCCUGAAAGCACCUUUACUGACUAAGAAGAACAAUACAUAAUCCAAUAUACAAGUCUAAAUGAGACAUCUGGUGUUUUUGACAAGUGUGAUACUAGUUUUUUUGUUGUAGGCAUUUGUGGGUAGAUGAGGCUGUGUUUUGUGUGAGCGAGUUUGUGAGUGAAGUUUGGAUCAUUGCUAAAAAAAAACAUUGGUAUAUUUGAUUGUGAAGGCUUUGAUAUUUUCCAUUUGUUCUGAAAAUCUUAAUUUUAACAGAGUUUGCAAGGCAGGACCUCUUUUAUGUAAACCACUAAGUAUUACAUUUUUGCAUUUCAGCCUAAACCAUUUAUGAACAGGCUCUUUAACGUGCAGACACACUAGUAAAAUUUCUUUUUUUAAAAGAUUUAUUUUUGGCGUUUUUGACGUUAUUUUGAUAAGACAGUUAGUUGACAGGAAGCAAAGUGUGAGGGGGGGUGGGGGUUUGCAGUACAGAGAAAGGCCCAAACACUGGGACUCAAACUCGGGAUGCCUGAAUCGCAACAGCGUUAUAUGUCAGUCCGCUGCCCACUAGCGAUGCUCAUUUUAACCGGUUAACCGUUAACUGACAGUAAAAAUUUCGAUCGAUUCAUACAAUAAGUUAAACGGUUUAAAAGGUCAUUUUAAUUUUUUUCAGUAAUUAAUGAAAAUAUUUAAAUAAAUAAACAUUUGUAUAAAAGGUUUGCUGUUAAAAUAAAACAAAACUGUGUUUUUGAGAGAAAAAAAGACUGUAAAAUCACGUAUUAUUACUACAUUUAUACCGAUGCGAAAUGUUUACAAACACUAUAAACAUAGCUAGGCUAUUUUAGUUCCAUUCACUCCACAACAAAUCUUUUAAAUUUAACAGUAUUCAGAAAAGAACAAGAAUGAAAAAUAAAAGAGGCUAAGCUAUAUAAACAACAAGCCAAAAAUAAUUAAUUUAGGCUAAAGUGAAACUGACACCAACAUCAGGUCUCUCAAACGACACAAAUUCAAAUGCUUCCCUAUUGGAGAUUUGAAUGCUGAAAUAUUAUUUAUAAUGUAAACCUCGUUUUUGUACUUCACUCACAUUCCAGUAUCCAGAUAAAUCUAAUCGUUUGGCAUAACAUCAUGGCAGUAUGGUGAUAACGGCACAGAUUAUUUAAAAUGAACAGUGUUUUUUCCAUAUGUUUGGCUGACUGUAUUUUAUUAUGACAGGACUUCAACCCUGCUCCUGAAGACCCACUAUCCUGGAGAGUUUACCUCCAACCCUAAUCAAACACACCUGAAGCAACUAAUCAAGCUCUUUAGAACUACUUGAAAAUACACACACAGGUGUGCUGAAGGAGGUUGGACAUGAAGUUUGCACGAAAGUGGGUCCCCAGAAGCAGGGCUGAAGACCGCUGUAUUAUGAAUAAUGAAAUGUACGCGCAUGUGCGGCGCUAGCGCAAUCACUUGAAUUUUUUCCUUCUAACAGUGGAAACAACUUCUCCUUCUAAUCAUACAGAUAAUCAAAACUGUAAACGAUUUGCUUUUAUUUGUAUACAUUCACAGUAAAAACAAAUCUUUGUGCUUUUGUAAAAUAAAGAAAAAUAGAUGCCACUUUCAGCUGUCUUGGUUUCCUUUUGCGCAGCACAAAAAUGAACCGAAACUCUGCAUACUAGCUACUAGUUGCAGUCUUUUCUUUCUUUUUGUUAAUUAAGUAAAAAUAUUUAUCGUAUAGGCUUAGGCCUAUUCAUUCUUUAUAUAUAUAGCCUAGCUUUAUUAUGUUUUUCUCUGCUCGCAGAAGCGCUGCAGGUGUGUGAUGUGACCAUGUGACUCCUCAUGUUCUGUUGUUUGCUGGUUUUUGUGCAAAUAUUUUUAACAGGUCACAGACACUUAUUCUUUCUAAUUUAAUUCAAUUAUAAUUUAAAAUAAUCUUGUCAAUUAACAGUUAAUAAUGGGUUAACAAGCGUCAGCUGUCGAUCAGGAAAAAAAAAACGAAAUGAACAUCCCUACUACCCACAAUGCUAUGGCUGCCAACACACUAGUAAAAAAAUGUUAAAUUUG